AUGAGAUGGAUGCGGAUGCUGUUGUUUGUACUUUGCACACUCUCAAUGGAAUGGUGUGAUGUUGGAGGUAAUAUUGCGUGCUUUAUCCAAAAACCGACAAAAUGUUCUCAUAACAAUUUCGAACUCCAAAAUGAUGUUCUUGUGUUAAAACAAUCAAAUUUUACAAAGAUUCAAUGCAGCGUUACAAAUCAUCUUUUCGUUAGUGUUGAGUAUUUUGAGGGCGUUUUAACAGUCGAUCUGAAAAACACUGUUCUUAAAAUUGUUGACAAAAAUUUGGAGUUUCAAGAUGUCAACUAUCAUUCAUUCAAUUUUUCAAACAAAAACCGUGGCGUAUCAAAUAUUGUCCAUCAAAGAAAAAAAUCAAUGACAUGUAAUGGGUUGACUGUUGAUAAUUGUUUAGAGUGUUUUCCUACUUGGGUUGGUUGUGCUCUGUGUGAGCAAGGUUACACUCUUAUGUAUAGAACAGUAAAUAGCCAAAAACAAUAUACAUGUACGUAUGGUACAACAAUUCCGUCAGGGUAUUUAAAAAGGUGCAAUGAUAAUUGGAAGUAUAACGAAUCUACAGGAAGGUGUUGUGCCAUCAACUGUAGUUCAGAAACGUGUUCCGCUUCAUUUACUACUUCGUGUGCUACGUGCACAUCACCUUAUAAAUUAGUUGGCUACUCGUGUUAUUACAAUGGAUGUACUGUUGCAAAUUGUGAAACGUGUUCGAGUUCGGGUGUUUGUAGCACUUGUAAAAGUGGAUACACCUUCAAAAAUUCGUCGUAUUGUGAAAAAAACUCCAUUAUCAUUCCAAAUUGUGCAACAUACAGGGGAACGUCAUGUACAAAAUGUGAAUCGAAUUAUUACUUGUUAAACAGCACAUUUUGCCAACUAUGCGACACAACAUGUGGUGGUUCGUGUUUUGAUUCAACAGGAUAUUGUUCAAGUUGUUCAACUGGGUUGGUUUACACAAAUCCAAAAUCAAUGCAAUGCGAAGUGUGUUCUAAUUAUGAUUCAAAGUGUGUUGAAUGUCUGACUCCAAACAGACAGUGUCGGGUGUGUACAAAUGGAUAUUACCCAUCAAGUAACUCCAAUUGUAUUUCUUGCGAUUCGACGUGUGCGUCGACGGGGUGCAACACACAAACGGGCGCGUGCGGCACUUGUGUAAGCAAUCAAUAUACAAUAAUCUCUGAAACAAGUGUCACGUGUCAGACGUGUUCUUCUUUUGACACAAAUUGUGUAGAGUGUUCAACCAUUUCACGAAAGUGCACAAAAUGCACAAGUGGGAUGUACCCAUCAACAACAUCUCCAUUUACAUGCGUAAGUUGUGACUCAACAUGUUUGAAUGGAUGCAACACACAGACGGGAUACUGCGAGAUAUGUUCAUCACAGUACACUCCCGCAAUAACACAGCCUUCAAAAUUCUGUUCUUCUUGCAGUUCAAUCGACCCAAACUGCAACACGUGUUCAUCAACAGAGAGAAAGUGUUUAAGUUGUGCAUCUCCGUAUUUUGUUGGCAAUAGUGGGGCAAACUGUGUACAAUGUGAUUUUUCUUGUUCUUUGUGUGAUGCAAAUGGGUAUUGCACCUCAUGUGCAUCAAAUUAUGUGAUGUAUGACACACAAAACACAAAGUGCCAAAGUUGCGCAGAUUUCGAUUCAAAUUGUGAGACGUGUCCAGGUGGAAACGAGAAGAAAUGCACAACUUGCAAAACAACAAACAUGUACCCGUCACCAGAUACCGGGAAGUGCAUUUCGUGUUCAACGACAUGUGGUGGAAGUUGUGACCAAACAGAUGGGCACUGCACUUCGUGUGAGAGUGGUUUGGUGUUCACAAGUCCACCAUCAACAAUAUGUGAAGUGUGCAAAAACUUUGAUUCUCAUUGUGCCACAUGUGCUGACAAUGGUGUCAGAUCGUGUUUGGUAUGUUCGAGUGGGUAUUACCCUUUGAGUGGCAUGUGUGUAGCAUGUUCGGCAACGUGUCAACAAAACAAGUGCAACACAGCAAGUGGGCAGUGCACAAAAUGUAUUGACAAUUACGUUGUGACUUCGCCAAUUUCUACAAAUUGUGAAAGUUGCAGUGUUUAUGACCAAAAUUGCGUGACUUGUGCAACAGAUUUCACAAGAAAGUGUAUUGCCUGCAAACCAAAUUAUUACAUCAAGACAAGUGGCGAUUACAAAUGCCAAAGUUGCUCGUCUACGUGUGGUGGUGCUUGCGAUGGUAGCAAUGGAAUUUGCACGACAUGUUCAAGUGGGAUGGUGCCAAACAAUCCACCUUCAACAACAUGUAUAACGUGUCAAGCAUUUGAUUCGAAUUGUGAGAGUUGUGUGACUGGUGAGCGAAAGUGCACAAAGUGUUCAACGCCAAACAUGUACCCCGACGACACGUCACAUAUGUGUGUAUCAUGUUCAACAACAUGUGGAGGGAGUUGCGAUGCAAUCAAUGGAAUAUGCACAACAUGUCAAGAUAACUAUGUUUUCCAAUCAACCAAAUCGAGAGUUUGUGAACAAUGUUCAACUUUUGAUGAACAUUGUAAUAAAUGCUCGUCUGCAUUUGACAGAAAGUGUGUGACGUGUAACACGGGAUAUUAUUCAAACGAAAAUGGUGUAUGUGUUCCAUGUGGACAAAACUGCAAUAGCUGUGAUGGAUCGACUGGCGUGUGUUCAAGUUGCGGCCCAAACAACGUAUUUUCAGAGAGCGACAACAAGACUUGUAUGACGUGCAGUUCGUUUGAUGUGUUGUGUUCAACGUGCUCGUCUUCUUUUGAGAGGAAAUGUGCCACGUGUUUGACGGGGAGUUAUCUCUCGAAUGGGCCAAAGUGCACACUCUGUGAUACGACAUGUGACACCAAUUAUUGUAAUAUUCAAAGUGGAAUAUGUCCAAAGUGCUCACAGCCACAAUAUGUUGUGACAUCACCACAGUCAACCCGUUGUGUCAAUUGCAGUGUUUUUGACACGAAUUGUAUGGAGUGCAAAGGAGAUUAUUCAUCACGACAAUGUGUUCGAUGUGCAAGUGGGAUGUAUCCAUCGUCAAGUGGUAGUUGUGUGUCGUGUUCGUCCACGUGUGGAGGGCAGUGCAACACAAUGAGUGGAGAGUGCACUGGGUGUCAGACAAAUUAUGUCUUCAGUGAUCCAAAGGGGUUGACUUGUCAAACGUGUUACGAUUUUGACUCAAAAUGCACAACAUGUUUUUCAGACUUCAGCAGAAAAUGUGUUGUGUGUAAUGAUGGGUACUAUGCUGUUGAUGGUAAAUGCAAGCUAUGUGACGAAUCAUGUGGUGGUAAGUGUGAUACAACCAGUGGACAUUGCACAGGCUGCAACACAAACAAAGUCUUUUCAACAACAAACAACAGUGUGUGUGUUGCGUGUGCUGAUUUUGAUGCAAAUUGUCGAGUCUGUGCGUCAAGUGGCGAGAGAAAGUGCAACACAUGCACCAACAAGACACACCCAGACGAGAUUGGUAAUUGUGUUCCGUGCGACACACAGUGCACAACGGGCUGCAAUGGCCAAACUGGUGUCUGUGUCAACUGCAAUUCAAACGAAGUUAUUGACGAGUCUGAUGGAACAACAAAGUGUGAGGCGUGCUCUUCGUUUGACUCAAAUUGCAAUUUGUGUGCAUCAGACCAAUCGCGUGCCUGUGAGGAAUGCAACACAAAUUAUUACCCGGACACAUCAACAGAUUUUAAAUGCAAAAGUUGUGACGCAACAUGUAACGGAAGUUGCAACACGCGAAAUGGGUAUUGCACUGGGUGCCUGUCAAAUUACGUCUUUAUUUCUUCAACAAGUAUGACGUGUCAAAGUUGCAGAACGUUUGAUCCUCAUUGUGAGACUUGUUCGCCCGACUUUUCCAGAAAGUGUGUGACCUGUGACAGUGGGUAUUACCCUUCGAAUGGAAUUUGUGUAGCAUGUUCGACAACGUGUCAACAAAACGAGUGCAAUACAGCAACUGGACAGUGCACGUUAUGCAUUGACAAUCAUGUUGUGACUUCGCCAAUUUCAACAAAUUGUAUAAUGUGCUCUGCAUGGAAUAAAGACUGUGUGACUUGUGCAACAAAUUUCACUCAGAAGUGUGUGAAAUGCACACAUGGUAAAUUUGCAUCAAAUGGAAAGUGUAUAGAUUGUGACUCGACGUGUGGUGGUGCCUGCAAUGGGGUGAGUGGACAUUGUACUGGUUGUACAGCAACGUAUGUCCCUUCCAACACAAAUCUAUCUCUGUGUAUUUUAUGUCAGGCAUUUGAUGUUAAUUGUGAGAGUUGUGUGACUGGUGAGCGAAAGUGCACAAAGUGUUCAACGCCAAACAUGUACCCCGACGACACGUCACAUAUGUGUGUAUCAUGUUCAACAACAUGUGGAGGGAGUUGCGAUGCAACAAAUGGGAUAUGCACAACAUGUCAAGAUAACUAUGUUUUCCAAUCAACUAAAUCACGCGUCUGUGAAUCAUGCUCAACAUUUGAUGCACAUUGUAAUAAAUGCUCAUCUGCAUUUGACAGAAAAUGUGUGAUGUGUAACACGGGAUAUUACCCAGACGAAAUCGGUGUGUGUGUUCCAUGUGACACAAUCAACACAAAUUGCACGAGUUGCAGCCAAAUAACAAAGAAGUGCCUGGCGUGCAAAGACCCACAAUAUGUGGCUUUAAAUGGGAUUUGUUCAAAUUGCGAAGUUGGGACUUACAAAAAGACUGAGACAACAUGUGAAAGUUGUUAUUUUGCAACUGAGAAUUGCAAUGUGUGUUCAACACUUUCUGUUGGUGUUUCCAAUUGCACCUCUUGUAUGGCCAACCAUGUGUUGAAUGGCGGGGAGUGUCAGUUAUGUCCAAGUGGGAAGUAUUACAAUCCAAAUUCAAAGAGCUGUCAAAGUAAUGAUGUAAACUGUCAAAUACAAGUCGACGAGUCAACUUGUCUUUUAUGUAACAACAACUACUUUUUGGCGAAUGGGGUUUGCCAACAAACAACACGAUGUCAAAGCCCGUCCAACACCACAAUGUCUUCGUGUGACUGUUAUGACCAGAUCUCAGUCAACUCCGAUUGUAAAGAAAAAUUGACAAACUGCAAACACCAGAAAGUUGAAAAGGGAAAUUCUGUUUGUAUUAAUUGCAACGACAACUUCACUUUGAAUGGAAAUGAUUGUCAACAUGCACAACAAAAUUUGGAAAUAAGAAAUGGUAUUACUUACAAGUGUGGAGAUGGUGCGUAUCUCAACAUCUCAAACGAAUGUGUCGGCUGUGGUGUUUCUGUCUCAAUUUGUCAAUUAUCAAAGACCAAAAUGAUACCAUUGCAGUGUCAAACCAAUUAUAUAUUUGACACGACUACGAACCAAUGUGUUACAGAUGAUAAUUGUCAAACAACAAAAUAUGGGUUUUGCACCAAAUGUACAUCUGAUUUAAAUUACAUUUCACAAGGAAGAUGCUCAAAGUGUCAAACCACCAACUGUGCUAUCUGUGACAGAAGUACCUGUAUGAAGUGUUUGGACGGCUUUGUGAAAUACACCGACACUUGGUGUGUAUCAAGAAGUGAGAUAUCAACAUGCAACGCAUUUAGCUCUAGUGGAUGUGUUGUAUGCAGUGAGGGGUAUUACCAGACAGACGCAAAGAACAUAGAAGACAAGUACGAUUACUGUGUUCCAAUAGAAUCCACAACAGUCACAAAUUGCAAGAGAUACAGUGCAAAGAACACCAAAUGUGUCGAGUGUCUUGAUGCAUUCAAAUUGAAGGGUGGAAUUUGUGCCGAGACAUUUGAUGAAGACGACAAACUCAAAACAAACACAAAAACAGCAACAGAGACUUCCUGUCAAAUCAGAAACAACAAAGGAUGCCAACACUGCGCUGAUGGGUAUUACAACAUCAACAACGAGUGUGUUCAAUGUGAAAAUGACUGCUUAACUUGUUACAACACAACUUAUUGCACUUCUUGCAAAUCCGGUUUUUAUCUUGACAAAUUAGGAAACUGUAAAUCACUUGGUGCAUUACAAGAAAGUUGUAACAUUGCACUGCCUGGUGGAAGCGGAUGUGCAAUCUGUAACAGUGGGUAUUAUCGAGAGGGUAUCAGCUGUACACAAUGUGAUGAGUCGUGUGCACUUUGUGUGAACAGUUACGAGUGUCUUGCAUGCAAAGACGGCUAUUUCAACAUCCCAAGUGAAGGCAAAUUGUGUGAAUCGAACACAACACUCGCAAAUUGUGAGCUGUCAUCAUCGUCUGGAUGUGAGAGGUGUGUGUCUGGUCAUUUCUUAUCAAAUUACAAGUGUUAUGAAUGUUCUUCAAAUUGCACAUCAUGUGAGAGUGAAAGUGUGUGUACAAUAUGUAACGAGAGAGAAUAUGUGUUGGUUGACUCGCAAUGUCUUCAUUUCACAGAAGUUGAAUUCUGUGUGUCAGCCUUAAAUUCGAAGUGUGUGAAGUGUGAGGGUCGACGAGAACCUACAGACUCUGGUGACAGUUGCACAAAGUCGGUCAAUCUUGGUGUUGUGAUUGGCAUCCCAAUUACGGUUUUAAUACUUUUGGUAAUCUUCAUGACAAUGAUCAUUUUGUUACUCAUCAUUUUAUUCAACAAACGCCAAGUGAAAAAGAAGAUGCAAAAUGUCUGUGUUUUUAAGAUGUCACGUUCCAACAUCUCGAUGAUACGUUUAGACGAAUUUAUUUGUUCCAAUAAGAAAGUAUUAAAAUUUGACAUAGAUUCAGACGCUCUUAUUCCAGUCGAUGAAGAAUCGCGCGAUUUGAUAUGUAUUGGAAACCUUACCAAACACCAUUUAAAAGUGCAAUUUAGUGUAAUAGAAGGGUGUGACUGUUAUCAAAUACGAACAGUGCCUUCAAUAGUAACACUAAAGAAAGGAGAAGCGUGUGAGUUUGAGAUAUUCAUCAAACCGUUGUGCUCAUGUAAGAUAGACGAACACUUUGUA